UGCAAAAACGAUAUGUGUAAGUAAAAGAUGAAUCAAAGCUAGUUAGACAAACUUACAUGCAGAAAAAAUCACACACAACUCGCCACGUCCCAAACAUGGAACCCUAUAAAUACCAACCCAUCUCAGUCCCAUUUCCAUCACCAGAUUAGCUUCUUCCCAUUAAACAAACACAAUGGCUAAUCACUCUUCUUUGCUUUCUCUUAGCAUUUGCGUUCUUGUUCUUUUCCAUGGCUCUGUUGCACAAAUAGAGCAGGUUACUUCCCGAGGAUCACAGGGAGAGUCGCAGCGACAGCAGAGGUGGCAACGCGAUGAGUGCCAGCUCAACCGGAUUAAUGCUGUUGAGCCUUCUCGCAGCUUCAACUCAGAAGCUGGUCAGACAGAAAUCUGGGACGAGAAUGAUCAACAGUUCCAGUGCGUUGGUGUUGUAGCCAUGCGCCAUACUAUUCAGCAGAAAGGCCUUUUGUUGCCACAAUAUGUCAAUGGCCCUAAGCUCAUUUAUGUCGUACAAGGUAAUGGUAUUCAGGGAGCUGUGAUUCCAGGCUGUGCGGAGACAUACCAAUCACCAUCAGAGUCACAAUUUACAGGAAGACAAGGUGAGAGCCAGCGCGACCAGCAUCAGAAGGUUCGUCAAAUCCGACAAGGAGAUGUCAUUUCCCUACCUGCCGGAGUUGCUCAAUGGAUUUAUAACAAUGGUCGUAACCCUCUUGUUCUUGUCCAAAUCAUUGACACCAGCAAUCCUGCCAAUCAGCUCGAUCAGAAUCACAGAGACUUUUUCCUUGCCGGUAAUCCUCAACAAGAAGUACAGAGCCUGAGAGGUGAAUCUUCCCUGAGAGGCCGCGAAGGAAGAGGAAGCAGCAGGAGAGGAGAAAGCCGAAGAUCCAGCAACGUCUUCUCAGGAUUAGACGAGCGUAUUAUAUCUGAAGCUUUCAACAUCGACUCCAACCUCGCAAGAAAGCUGAGAGGUGAAAACGAUAACAGAGGCAUCAUUGUGAGCGUCGAGCAUGAUCUUGAGAUGCUAGCACCUCCAAGAAGCCAAGAAGAAGAACAACAACAACAGAGAGAAGAAGCACAGAGACAGUUGGAGAGAAGCCGUGGAAGCAGCCGACGGUUGUUUAAUGGCGUAGAAGAAACUUUCUGCACAGCCAGGAUGAGACACAAUCUUGAUAACCCAUCAGAAUCUGACAUCUUUAACCCCCGCGCCGGCCGUGUUACCAAUGUCAACAGUCACAACCUCCCCAUCCUCAGAUUCCUCCGACUCAGCAUUCAGAAAGCUGUUCUUUACUCCAAUGCUAUAAUGACACCACACUGGAACAUGAACGCCCACAGCAUCCGGUACAUAACCAGAGGAAGUGGUCGAGUUCAGAUCGUGAACGAAAAUGGAAACUCGGUGUUCGACGGACAGGUUCAAAGGGGUCAAAUGUUGACAGUUCCUCAGAACUUUGUUGUUAUAACAAAGGCAAGCAAUGAAGGUCUAGAAUGGGUGUCAUUCAAGACUAAUGACCAAGCUAAAAUCAGCCAACUGGCAGGACGCGUGUCGGCAAUCAGGUCGAUGCCAGAGGAAGUGUUGGCAAACGCAUUCCAGGUUUCAGUUGAGGAAGCAAGGAGGCUUAAGGAUAACAGGCAGGAAGUUACAGUGCUUAGCCCUGGAUCUAGGUCCAGAGUCUGAAAAAGUGCUUACAACUGUAUAAUGUAAUAAUAAUAUCAGUAAGGAAUAAGCCUUAAGUGGGCAUUUGUAUCUCAUAAAUUUGUGUUGUGCAUAAACCUAUGUAACAUUUUAUGUGGUACAAAAUAAAAGUUAUCAAGCUUUGAGUUAAUGAAAAGUCACU